AUGGAUCGCUGCAAAUUCCUAGUACCGGACCAUAUCACUGUUGCUGAACUUAUGCAUAUCAUCAGGCGCAGACUGCAGCUGCAUCCGGAACAAGCCUUCUUCCUUCUAGUCAAUGAGAAAUCUGUUGUCUCUAAUUCCAUGACCAUGUCUCAGCUUUACCAAACGGAUAGAGAUCAAGACGGAUUCCUCUAUGUUGUGUACACCAGCCAGCCGGCGUUUGGAUUUUCCAUACCUCCUCUUUCUGCAACUCAGGUAGGAUGA